AUGGCGGCACAUGGAUUAGUGGUGAUGAUGACCAGCGUGGCCUGGCUUUGCCAGUCUGUGGCUUGCUUCGACUGCUCGCCCGUACCCAUCACAUCAGACGAUAUUCUGUUUUACAACCGGAUACCCAAAGCUGGUGGGACUUCGCUGGUUCGGCUAGCUCAUGCGAUAGCCGACUCGCCGAAGCGUCCAUUUUCCGCGGUCUGGCAGAUCAUGGACGACCGAAAUUUCUUCGAUGAAGAUAAAGAACGCUCCAAUGUCGGUAGCGUGAUGGCAAAGAAGCAUCACCAUGCGGAUCGUCCGAUGUUCUACGAGCAGCACGUCCGGCUCUUGAACUUUUCGCGGUUCGGUUAUCGCCAACCCAUCCAUAUCAACAUUGUCCGAGAACCAACUGAGCGGGUGCAAUCAAGCUACUACUACCAGCGCUACGCCAAUAUCCCGUACACCGCCCAGUUGCGAUCUUGGCUGGGCGAGCAAUUUGACUGGAGUAUCAACAAGUGCAUCGAAGCAGAGUACGGCUGCAAGUCCUGGCCCUGGAUGAUUGACAACAUGAACCUGAUGGUUGGAUUCUUCUGCGGGCAUCACGAAGAUUGCAGGGACCGGACCUCCGCCAUCGCACUGGAGCGCGCCCAAGCCAACGUGCUGCACCACUACGCUGUGGUCGGGGUUACAGAGCGUUACAACGAGUCGGUGUGGAUGCUUUCGCAGGUCUUGCCCACGUUUUUCAAGACCCUCCCGGACUUUUACGAACAAAAGCCGGUUCACAACGCGAAUAAUGCCAAGCCGGAGCUGCUGACCGAUGCAAACCGUCGCAAACUCUUGACGCUCGGGCAGGAUGAGCGGCUGUACGAUUUUAUCCAGGGGGUCUUCAUGGAGCGCCUCGCUGCCUGCCGACGUCGCUUUCCAGAAGCAUGA